AUCGCCAUGGAUGAUGAUAUUGCCGCACUCGUGGUUGACAACGGCUCCGGAAUGUGCAAAGCCGGUUUUGCGGGGGACGACGCUCCUCGCGCCGUGUUCCCCUCCAUCGUGGGUCGCCCCAGGCAUCAGGGCGUGAUGGUUGGAAUGGGCCAGAAGGACAGCUACGUUGGUGAUGAGGCGCAGAGCAAAAGAGGCAUCCUGACCCUGAAGUACCCCAUCGAACACGGCAUUGUCACCAACUGGGACGACAUGGAGAAGAUCUGGCACCACACCUUUUACAACGAGCUGAGAGUCGCCCCCGAGGAACACCCUGUGCUGCUAACGGAGGCUCCCCUGAACCCUAAAGCCAACAGAGAAAAAAUGACCCAGAUCAUGUUUGAGACCUUCAACACCCCAGCCAUGUACGUUGCCAUCCAGGCUGUGCUGUCCUUGUACGCCUCUGGCCGUACCACUGGCAUCGUGAUGGACUCCGGCGAUGGUGUCACCCACACUGUGCCCAUCUAUGAGGGCUACGCCUUGCCCCACGCCAUCCUCCGUCUGGACCUGGCCGGCCGCGACUUGACCGACUACCUCAUGAAGAUCUUGACCGAGAGGGGCUACAGCUUCACCACCACGGCCGAGCGGGAAAUCGUGCGCGACAUCAAGGAGAAGCUGUGCUACGUCGCCCUCGACUUUGAGCAGGAGAUGGCCACCGCCGCGUCCAGCUCGUCCCUGGAGAAGAGCUACGAGCUCCCUGACGGGCAGGUGAUCACCAUCGGGAACGAGCGGUUCAGGUGCCCGGAAGCCCUCUUCCAGCCAUCUUUCUUAGGUAUGGAAUCCUGCGGCAUCCACGAAACCACCUUCAAUUCCAUCAUGAAGUGCGACGUCGACAUCCGUAAAGACCUGUACGCCAACACUGUCCUGUCCGGUGGUACUACGAUGUACCCUGGCAUCGCGGACAGGAUGCAGAAGGAGAUCACAGCCCUGGCGCCCAGCACAAUGAAAAUCAAGAUCAUUGCCCCCCCUGAGCGCAAAUACUCUGUCUGGAUCGGAGGCUCCAUCCUUGCCUCGCUGUCAACCUUCCAGCAGAUGUGGAUCAGCAAGCAGGAGUACGAUGAGUCUGGGCCGUCCAUCGUCCACCGCAAAUGCUUCUAAAAAAAAGGACUAGUUAUUACCAUUAUAACAUUUUUCUCUCUUUUUUUGACAAAACCCCCCUCCCCCCCGCCCCGUAACUGCGCAUAAAACAGGAGUUGAGAUUGGGCAUGGCUUUAUUUGUGUUUUUGGCGCUUGACUCAGGAUAUAAAAACUGGAAGGUUGAAAAGUUGACGGCAGCAGUCUUUUAAAAAAUAAAA